GAAUUAAUGACGCGCAUCUCUCCUCUUCCUUGUUUAAACAUCUUCACAUCAACAAAACCCAUAGAAUCCCUUUCCCAAAUGGACACUGAACUACACUCGUUAGUAACCGAAUACAAGUCAUGUCUCUUUAAAUUAUCCGAAAUCAACACAAAAGUUGAAAAAGUCAAUUCAUCAGAGCAAGUCAUUGCCAACCACAUGUCCAAAGUGCCUGAUCCAGACAACCUUCUGCCUGGUCCCGAAAACAAGGAAAAGCUGAACCAAGUAUUUACAAAGUUAAAAUUGGAUGUAGAUACUGUAUUAAAUAGACGUAUCGAAGAUGUAAAUAUUGCAAAGAUAAAUGUACAGCUCUAUAUCGAUAAUACCCUUUGGAACUUGUUUUCUCGUACAGAAUUAAACAACCAUAACUUAAUAUUUCACAAUGAUCCAAACAGACUGGCUGACAGAAAACGUUUAAUGGAAAUGAUUACUACUUUAUUCGAGCUAGAUCGAUUACAAACUCAUCUCGAACAAGACGACGAAAAAGAAUACGACCCUUUCUUUCACCAAUUACAUGAAUGGAUGACUCAAAUUAUUACUGUCUAUCUUCAUUUAUGUACAAUACCCGAAAAAAAGGGCAUAUUGCAACUAUUAACUACAACGAGCCGAAUUUAUUCAUGGGCAAUCCCUUUAAUUCAAUUUAACGAUCUAAAGAAAAUUCAUGAUUUCAUGGAUAUCUUGGUCAUUGUGUUUGAAGGGGAUGUUUGGGUGGAGGAUGACUACAUUGCAGUCCUGGAUCAGCUGGCUGUGGAUUUCACCUUUAAUAAAUUGGUCAUUGAAUCAUCAUCUGUAAAAGUGACAAUAGAAGACGACGAUUCACAUUCCGACACCAUAUUCUCUCUCUGCAGUCAAAUCACAGACACACUCAUGAAAGCCAUACGACAAUUAUCUCAUAUGAAGAGCGUCACAAAACGACUCUCACAAAUUGUAAUGCAUAUGUCCAUCUUAUUAGUCGAGAGUACGGCCACUGUGAAAAACUGUCAGGAUCAAAUGGAUGCUUAUAUUUCUCAACUAGUUCAUGAUUUUUAUGACUUGAAGACAGGAUGGUUCUUUUUACCCAACAUACCCUUCAAGGCAUUAUCGGUCGAUGCUCUAUGGGAUGUCACCAUGUAUCUUUUAAAGAUCAAGCCAACCACAGCCCCAAAGCCCACAUCAUUGGAUCAAGUAUUAAACGAGAAUUUGCCCAGCAUUACACGAUUUCAGUACGAAUUAGCAGAUAACGGAGCACAAGGUUUUUUCCUGCUAAGUUGUCUGACCAAUAUUGCCACAUGUAUACCACCUGGUGUGGAUGAAAUUACUUGCACUGUAGAUGCCAACAAAAACACACUUUCGGCAUGUAUCAUUACCGUGAUUUCCUACACACUUUUUACCAUUGCCUUUGUCGAUAAGAACCUACGAGAGAUUUUUUAUAAGGACGUUCGAGACAAUUUCGGUCCCAUCUGUAAAUUACACACGUUUAUCAUCUCUCUCUUGUUCCGAUGGACUGUACAAUAUAUUUCGGUUAUGGAACGUAUGGCAUUGUACCUCUUUCAUUCGCUGAAUUUAAAUCAUUGGGUUAUCUUGAACGACGAUUUAAAGUUGGUUCAUAAAUUAUUAUCGCAAGAAUCUCCCACCACACCGCAGCAAACUGCUCAAAUCCUGCUGGCAAAAUACGUCAUUGAGAACCUGAAUUAUGGAUACAUGGGUGGCUCGGUCGAUACAAACAUCUCAAAGUCUCAGCCAUGGUACAGUCGAAAAUUACCCUUCUUGGCUUACGAAACUCACGAAGAAAUUGCCUUUAUCUUGUUGGACGCCUGCCAAAAGGUACAACCUUUACCAGAUGCUAACCCAACCGUCGAAAAUAAGGGUGCCAUUGAAUUGGUGGGGUCAGUUACCUCUGCUGUAUCCACCUAUUUACCUAUCGCAGACCAAAUGUUACUCUUAAAAUCCACCUAUACAACAACACCCAACCAUGCCAAUGAAUUUAUUCAAUGGGCCUGGUCCGUUGCAUUACGUUUAAAGCUCUACGACUGUAACGUCUCUUCUCGUGCGACCGAUAUCGAGAAAUCCAUUACUUUGCCUUUCUUGCGACUGGUCUUGAAUAGUUAUAACGAUAUGUCUUCAUCGCAUAGUGCUCUAUUAAUUUAUAUUUCAUUUCUACUAUCAGCAACUAGUCGACAUUUCUUACGCUUUGAAUCGGGUGACGGAUGGAUGAAGUUAUUAACAAUUCUGAAGCGUGGGAAAGCAGAAGCCAUCAUUCAGAUAUUCAGUGAAAUCAUUCCUUCCUUUGUCUAUAUGCACGGCGAUGAUUUCUUUAACGAUGAAAGUCUAGUUGACUUUUUUAAACACAUGAUUGAAUUAAAAUCAGACCCCAUGCUGGUCAAAGCAGCCAAUACUUUACUGCCAAAGAAACAUGAACGGAUUACUGGCGUGGGUAUUAUUAUUGGCUCUCAUGUCUGGCAAGCACAUUUGAUUGAUUCGGUAAGCAACUUACUGGAUGACAGCGGACAAGGGUUUUCGUAUGUAGACCUGGUGAUGCAUUCUUGGUUAAAAACCGUCUUCCGAAAGCAUGAUUGGAUGUGGCAUCAUGCCUACGUGAAUGUAGUGGAUACCUUGAGUAGGCUUGCGUUUACCUUAAACAGACAUCAAAUGGUGUAUCACAUGCUCCUUGAAGAACAGAAACGAAUGGAAGCCAACAAAUUAGCUAGUGCAACGAGUUCCCCCAGAAUUACAAGGUUCAUUAAGACUAUGAUUCCUGUAUCUGAAGGUAUAUAUCCUAGCUUACUCAUUGGCGAAUGGUCCGUCUUAAACUUGAAGGCCAACACCUUUAAUAAGACUCCCGGGGUGGAAAACAACUUGUUCUGGUUUGCCUUUGAAGCGCUUGUGAUGGAAACAGUGUUGGAAAAGGAGUAUCGGGAUGAAUUCGUCAUUCAGCUGAUGGCAGGUGACCAUCUCUUGGAUGUGAAUGCUGUAUACCAAAAGUUAACCAUCUCUCAGAAGAAGCCAAUAGAAUUCUUUUCUGUUUAUCGUUGGUUACAGCAUAUACUUGUAUUACCUGUGCAGCAUGUCCUAUUACCCUUAUAUCUGCAAAUGUUCUUUAGUCUCUACUACCAGCCCUUGGACAAAAUCACGUUAGGCACCCUGUUCUUUGAUAAGAAGUCAGACAUGAUAUCAAGGUUGAGAGAUUAUAUUGCUAGCGUACAAACUUAUUAUGGACAAAAAAUGUCGGGUAAUACAGUCUUGAAUGCCGAAGUAUUACAACAAACCUUUUAUGCCAUGUGGCUUUGGCUUGGCAACGUAGAUCUAUUAUCACCUGGCUUUGAUGUACGUAGUCUUCCAUCUCAUUAUGAUGUCAAUAGAUUGUCUCUCUGCCACGGCAAUGCUGAGGACGCGCAGCCAUGGUUACACAUGGACAAAUACUGGAUGGAUCUUAUUGACACUGAUAAACUCGAGCAAGACUUUUUACAGUUCCCCUGGCAAGGCUCCGGAAAAUUUCGAAUGAAUGAUGAUGAUAACACUUCAAGAACUACCGUAGAAGAUUCAAUCUCUUUAUCUACCACUUUUCGAAAGCAGAGAUUCAUUACUGCUGAAUCCACCAUUAUCCCUUUACCCUCUGUCACCCUUAUCGAACCAACAGUUUAAUAAUCACCCAAAUAAAAUUACGCGAAUUUUUGUGACUUGUUUGCACAUUAAAGCCCUUUUUUUUUU